AUGUCACGACAUCUUCAGCAAUUCAUUUGGAGCGAGUGUGCCUACACUGUGGAAGCUGUCAGAAGUUCUCGCUGGCAUCUAGGAUCGUCAGGGAAGUACGGGCUGCCAGGGGAUCCCUGGAAAGACAUGAUGACGGUGACCAAGGGAAAGCAGUUGCUGUUCAUCCAGCGCCUGCAUUUCGCCUAUCAGCUUCGCCGUCGGCAAACCAAGUCAGCAGCCCAUGCUCGCUUGUCAGGCGAGGCUUGGGAUGCUAUGAUGGAUUCGACAUGCUUGCUGGAAUGGUGUCUUUCAAGAAUGGGAAAGGCAGUAGAUGAGGAAACAAAGCAGCCCAUCUUCAGCCCCAACAUCAUCCAGGCUGCUACCCUGAAGAUCUUGGAAGGGGACUACAACGCUGACGCAGAGAAGCAUGUCCUCAUCAAGCUUCCCGACCUUCGUGCGGAGGACAUGAGCCUUUGGGCCGACCACCUCCCCAAAUCCGCAGAGAAGGUUGCUCUCAAGAUGGGGAAUGAUGAGAUCACCCGCCUGGACACCGAGAGCAUCCAAAAGCAAUUCGAGGCUGACAAGUACAAGGUUUCUUGGGACUUGGCAAGUUUCAUGACCUACCAGGAGUCCUUGCAGAAGGAAAAGAGGUUGGGUCAGGUGGCAAAGGUCUGCCACAUCCGGGCAGAAAACCAGCGCGGCAGCUCGGCGGUGGUGGAGUUCAUGCAGCGCAAUUGCCAGCAUCAUACAGGGUGCUAUGAUGACGCGGACGCGGUGGAGGACAUUAAGAAGGUCUAG